CUGCUCGCAACCAUUUGUUCCAAGCUUUAUUUUCUUCGAAGAACCAAUCACAGCGCCCGACGAGGUCGCGUCACUGAGGGUGCAUCCAAUCGGCGCAUGCGUCUCACGAGCGAGCGUAGCUUGGCAAAGAUGGCGGCGGGCUCCGAUUUGCUGGAUGAUGUUUUCUUCAACACAGAUGUGGACGAAAAAGUAGUUAGUGAUCUAGUCGGAUCUCUGGAGUCUGAACUAACGGGAGCAGAGCGCGUUAACGCAACGACCAGGGUCCAGUCUGCAGCAAAUCACGCUGGCAACUCAGCUGUAGGUAACGUUAGUAAUUCCAAUGUUCAGGGUCUUGGAGGCAGCAAAAUGGGACUUUCACAACAAGAGCUUGCUAAAGCAGGGACAGGAGUGCAAGGAGGUGUCAUUAACAGUACGGGUUCCCACGGUUCAAGCAUGGAUGGAGCAGCCGGGACCACAUCGAGCAUGACAGCCGCUCAGAGUCAGUCCAAGCCCGGGACAGCUAGCGGAGUCGUUACGGUCGUAUCAGAUGCAGCAUCUGGUGUUGGGAAACCUGGAACGACUGGUGUUCAAACUUUGAAUGGAAGUAACGUUGUGAUGAACUGUCAUAUCACCGGAGGCACGAGCGGCAACAACUCCCAGCCCGCCGUCACGCUUGUCAACAACGGACCUGUUUCAGUGAGCAAAGGAAGCGCAACAGUUUUGUCUGCAACACCAAGUACUAUUAUUCGAAAUUCUUCGACGAGUGCGCAGAAUGCUGUGAUUUCGUCUCAGUCCUCUGUGAAAAGUGUACCCACUGUCACGCUUGUGAGGCCACCUAUGCAAGCUAACACCUCACAAAGCGGAGGCUGCCAAACCACGGUUUUAACAUCACCCGCUGUUAGUGUUACCAGCACGGCCGGCUCGCUCGUCAACAAAUUCGACUCCACAAAAGCUAUAAUGCAGACUGGUGCGCACGUCGUGGCUUCAGCUGUUGCGACAGGGACAAUAGCGACCAUGAGGAGCCCGACUGUUUUGCAAAACUUGAGGACUUCAGUACCGUCAACAAUCGCUGCUACUCCUCCUGGAGGAAUACGAGCUAUUGCUCCACAGGUGUUGGCCCCUCGACUCACUCAGCCUCAACAAAACGCCCCAAAUAUCCAAAACAUCCAGCUCCCUCCAGGCAUGGUCUUGGUUCGCAGUGAGAGUGGGCAGCUGCUGAUGAUUCACCAGCAGACCUUGGCUCAGAUGCAGGCUCAGUCGCAGUCCCAAAGCGCCAUGACACCACGACCUGCAGCCCCCACCAGCACUCCACCUGUCCAGAUCACUUCUCUACAGGCUCCAGGCGCGUCACUACUGGCUUGUCCGGUUACCCCCACCGCCAUUAUUAAGCAAGGUUCUUCAGUCCAGACCACUGUGACAACCUCUACCACACUGCAGAGGCCGCCUGUACAGCAGAACACCAUCAUGCUGGGAGGAACUGCCCCCACCCCGGGACAGCCGCUCGGAACGCCCACCACAGCGCAGCCUGGUUCUGUAGCCACAGCAGUUACACAGAGGACCCCUGUCACUCCAACAGCUGUCACAGCUGAGACACUAGAGAAUGUAAAAAAGUGUAGAAACUUUCUGUCCACGUUGAUCAAGCUGGCAUCCAGUGGGAAACAGUCCUCUGAGACUACGGCCAACGUCAAGGAGCUGGUCAAGAACCUGCUGGAAGCGAAGAUAGAGCCUGAAGAUUUCACCAGUAGGUUAUACCGGGAGCUCAACUCCUCACCACAGCCCUACCUUGUGCCUUUCCUGAAGAGAAGUCUCCCAGCACUGCGUCAGAUGACCCCAGACCCAGAGGCCUUCAUCCAGCAGAGCCUGCUGCCUCUGCCCAGCACUCAGCCUGCUGCAGCAGUCUCCACGGCCCUCACCGCUGUGAUGCUGCGACCUCCUCUCUCCACGGCCACCAGCACUGCCGCGACCAAAACCACAGUUAUCAGCCUUCCUCAGGCACCUCACCAUAAACCUGGACUGAUAGUGCCCCAGCAACAGGGGACGAUGGUCAGGCCACAGGUGACGCUGGCUCAGUCUCCCAUGGUAACACUCAAAGGACAAUCUCAUAGCCGUAUCAUUGUGGGCCAGCCGCAGGUGGUCAAACAGCUACAGACAGCAGUGAAGCAGACAUUGGCUCCGGGGGCCAAAGGAAUGCAAUUAGUCAGUCAGGCCCCUCUCACAGCUGCUCAGAAGAACAAGCUGAGGGAAGCAGGAGGGGGAACCUUCAGAGAUGAUGAUGAUAUCAAUGAUGUGGCCUCUAUGGCAGGGGUCAACUUGUCAGAGGAGAGUGCCCGUAUCUUAGCAACCAACUCUGACCUAGUUGGCAUGGUAACUCGUUCUUGUAAGGAUGAGACCUUCCUCUCCACCUCUUUACUCACGCGGAGAGCUCUGGAGAUUGGUAAGAGGUUUGGUGUCGGCGAGUUGGGCGCAGAUGUGAUCAACUACAUUUCCCAUGCUACACAGCAGCGACUACAAAACCUGCUGGAAAAGGUGUCACAAGUGGCACAGCAGAAAAACACAACUUUCAAGGAGGAUGAGCGGUAUGAGCCGGUAAGCGAUGUGCGAACCCAGCUUAAAUUCUUCGAGCAGCUGGAUCAGGUGGAGAGGCAAAGGAAGGAAGAGCAGGAGAGAGAGAUUCUCCUGAAGGCUGCCAAGUCUCGGUCACGGCAAGAGGACCCUGAGCAGCUCAGACUAAAACAGAAGGCCAAAGAGAUGCAGCAGCAGGAGCUGGCUCAGAUCAGACAGAGAGAAGCCAACCUAACGGCGCUGGCAGCAAUCGGUCCGAGGAAAAAACGGAAAAUGGACUCUCCUGUUAGGGGCGCCAGUGCAGAGGGCUCAGGGUCAGGCCCCUCUCAGCCUGGAGGCUCCGGUGGAGCAGGCUCCAGACAGUUUAUGCGACAGCGCAUCACCAGAGUCAACCUCAGGGACCUGCUCUUCUGCCUGGAGAAUGAAAGAGGGACCAGUCACUCCCACCUGCUCUAUAAAGGCUUCCUCAAAUAGCACCCGCAUUAAAAUGACUAGUGUCGCUCAGUGGCGUUCAAGAAGCAGAGUUGACUGUCAGCUCAGACCGUCUCUGCCGGUACUUUCUGUGAUCACCCACUACUGAGUGACGAGACGUCGGUCUGUGGGAAGAAAAUGAUCUGGGCGCCGAAAGGACGUCUUCUUUUAAAAGCCUCUUCAAGCACAGGUCUUUGGUAUUUUUCAGAGGAGCAAAAAUUUGAACUGGGCCCUGAUUUCAGUGUGCCUCUCAGCUCGGCUUUGCUCUUUAGAGACCAGUUUUACCCAACCACGCUUCAGUCAUGCACUGCCUCAUGCUGCACACGAGGAAAAUGUCUUUAACCCAACUGAGCGCUAUAGAACUGAAGACCUUGUCAGUGUCACUUCCUCUGACAUGCGUGUUGUAGCAGCAAAUCUCUUUGAAGUGGUUUCAUUUUAGAUUAAUGUGGGACACUCAGGUGCAACAGCCUGAUUUUACAAAACUGCAGUAAUGUGCUAAUUUUCUUGACCAUGUUAACGUAAAAACUCUGUUUAUUUAAGUUCUUAACAGAGAUUUUAAUUUAUCACACAUUUAUACUAUAUUUUAGCACAGUUUUAAUGCCUGUGGAUUGUUUUACAGAGAGUAACCUUGACUAGCCUUGUCAUCUGCUGAGUUGCCUUCUUAACAAAUUAAGCCAUAUGGAUUAGAAUGUGUUGAUCUGCUUCAGUAACAUCAUCUGUCCAACAGUUCUCUCCAGAUUUGUAGGAUGUGUGCUACAUCGUUUUGUUGUGCUCUUUCUUUCUUUCUUUCUUUCUUUCUUUCUUUCUUUCUUUCUUUCUUUCUUUCUUUCUUUCUUUCUUUCUUUCUUUCUUUGUCUUAGCUUGAUUGGAAACAAAAAAUUAUUGUUUAUGUCAUGUGUUGUGCAUGAUGUAAUCACAGGUGUUGUAUUUGAACUCUUGCAACUAUAUUAUUUAUUGUGAGAGUUCCCGACACGGUGGUUGAAACCGAAAUUCCACUUUUUAUUCAGAUACUAGCACAUUUACUACAAAGAAGACAUGCCCUUUACAUUCCUAUCGAUCAUUUCUAAAGCCACCUCCCCUGCAGUCAGCCGUUUUCAUUAAUUUCUUUAGUGACAAUAUACAAUUUAACUUCAAGAACUGUACCUUAUGUCCCAGUGAACAUCCUUUCCAAAGUAGUUGUUGUUCACCACUUUAUCAUUGCCAAAUAGAUUUCAAAAGUCUGCAGAUUUUCUGGUGUGUUAAAUGUGCUUGUUGUCCUCUGAUUUAGAAGAUCCAAGAAUAAUGAAAGAUUUACAUAAUUAUUAUGAAAAUAAUAAUGUGGAUUUGGCUCUGUGUUUUUUGAAUAAUGUCACCAAGAGGCUUUUACGUCAUUUCCCUGCGUUUCCUAAAUGUCCCCCAAAGAGCUGCAGACUUUUCAAAUGAAAGUGUGUAAUGUUUAAGUAAGCUUUGACUAAAAUAUCUUUGUGCAGGAUGGAUUGCACAUCUCAAGCACAUUUUAGUCUUUGCUUUUUGUACCAAUAAAAAGAUAAUGGAAAUGGUUGGCUAAAUAAAUAAAAACAUUGAAACUAGUAUGGUAUAAUUGGGGAAAUUAAGUGGCUGUUAGUAAUGUAAAGUAUCCAGGCUGUGUAGCUCAUGGGCUAUAAUGUGAAUUUAAAAAAAGGAGUUUGGAGAAAUGAAUCCCAAUAAUGUUAUUGAUUACAGUCAUUUAUGUGAAUCACACAUUUUCCAAAAAGUAGUUUUUCCAAAUUUUUAUAUUUAUGAAUGAUGGAGGAUGAUCAUAUUGGUAAACAUGGGCAUGAAAUGCAGAACGAGGACUGCACUUUGACAGAUCACUUUUCUAAAACUAGUCGAUCAGAUGAACAUACUCACUUUAUAACUUUUUAUAUUUUUAGUGCACAUACUAAUUUUGGUCUUUAUACCUUUGUCAUUUUCUGAAAGAAUCUGUAUUGGCAACUUUUUUUAUUACUGUAUAUAUUUAAGUUUGCUGUUUGUAAGUUUAUCAGUUGACAACUUCCAACUCAGCAGAUUUAUUUUAUCUUUCAUAUACAGUGGAUAUGACAAAUAAGACAUAUGACACUUUCUUGCCAAUAUCUUGUACAUUUUGCACAGCCACCUGUUUAUAUGUAAAUAUCUGAAUUUAAAAAAUGUUUUAAUUGCUAUUUUAUAAUGGAUUGAAAGAGAAUGAUCUCUAUUAAAACAAAAAA